CCACGCUCCUGGUAAGUCAGUUCAGCUCCGGAUUCGUGGAACAAGUUCCAAGUUCAUAUCUCAUGGUGUGAUCUAGUGAUGUUUCCGUGAACACGCUGUAUAAAUUUAUACUCCAAUAAACCAUCGCCGAGAUGCAGAUGCUAGCGGCGACUGUGUGUUUGGCGCUGGCGCUCGCGCUGGGCCGCGCGUGCGAGCUGCGGCCGUCCGGCGGCGUGGCGCACAAGUCGCCGGGAGACAACUUCUACCGCCUCAUCGUUAACGGCGAGGUGGAGAGAUACGCCCCUGGCCAGCGCUAUGUCGUGACACUGGUGGGGUCGCGCACCCACGACGUGGUGCAACAGUUCACAAAGUUCCAGCUCACACUAGACCCCCUAGAUCCCGCGACUCCAAGGUCCCCUGGGCGCCAGGGCCAGUUCCAGCUGUUCGCGGACACGCUGUCGCGCUUCGACGAGGAGUGCGUCAACUCCGUGGUGGAGGCCGACGACCUGCCCAAGACCGAGGUGCAGGUCAUGUGGAAGGCCCCGCCUUCGGGUUCUGGAUGCGUUCUCAUCAAAGCGAUGGUGUACGAGAACUCGAACCGCUGGUUUGCAGAGGACGGGCAGCUCACGAAGAGAAUUUGCGAAGAUACAUCUCUCGCGGCUACAGAUUGCUGCGCUUGCGAUGAAGCUAAAUACAAGAUGGUCUUCGAGGGUUUGUGGUCACCGCAGACGCACCCGAAAGACUUCCCGACGCAAGCGCUGUGGCUCACGCACUUCUCUGACGUCAUCGGUGCCACGCACCACAAGAACUUCACCUUCUGGGGCGAGGGCCAGAUCUCUUCCGACGGCUUCAGGUCUUUAGCCGAGUGGGGUUCUGUUGGGCUGAUGGAGCGUGAGCUGCGACAGCAGGGCAAGCAGCUGCGCUCCAUUGUGAAGGCACAGGGGCUUUGGCAUCCGAGGGUCAACUCCAACACCAGCGCUAGCUUCCUGGCCGACAGGAAGCGGAGCUACCUCUCUCUGGCUUCCAUGUUUGGUCCCUCUCCUGACUGGGUGGUGGGAGUGAGCGGUCUGAACCUGUGCCUGAAGGACUGCUCCUGGGAGGAGUCUAAGGUCAUCGACCUGUUCCCGUACGAUGCGGGCACUGAUAAUGGCAUAACUUAUAUGUCCCCGAACGCCGAGACCCGCCCCAAAGAGCGCAUGUACCGCAUCACCCCCAUGUACCCUGAAGACCCUCGCGCGCCCUUCUACAACCCAGGGGGGAGCAUCGCCCCCAUGGCUCGCUUGUACAUCACCCGGGAGAAGCUCAUCCCGCGCGGCUGCGACGAGGAGGUGCUGCAAAACUUGGUCACUGAGGAGGCGGAAGAUACGCAGUCUGCUAAUAAACCGGAGUGCGCGGUAUCGGAAUGGGGUCCGUGGUCGGCGUGCUCCGUGACGUGUGGCAAGGGGCUGCGGAUGAGGACUCGCGAGUACCGCAUGCCACAGAAGGCACAGAUGUUCGCCUGCGACCGCCAGCUCGUGUCUAAGGAGAUGUGCGUGGCCGCGAAACCUGAGUGCGACGGCGACACGGGUACUAUAACCGACGAGCUGGACCUGGUCGCUCCGGUGGAAGAGCUGGGGGGCAUCUGCCAGACUUCGGAGUGGGGGGUAUGGAGCGAGUGCUCGGUCACCUGCGGCAUCGGGUUCGAGACCCGCCGGAGGCACUUCACCAAUCCCAUGGGGCUUAAAAAGUGCCCGCUUGUACAGAUCGAGGAGAACCGCAAGUGCAUGCAGCCAGAAUGCACAGAACGCGACACAGAGAUCUCCGACCCCGCGUGCCCCACCACCGAGUGGUCAGGCUGGUCCCCCUGCUCCGCGUCCUGCGGCCCCGGCGUGUCGUUCCGGACCCGUUUGCUACUCGUGCCGGGGGAGAAACAACGGGAAUGUGCGGCGAGAGUGGAGCUGAUGAAGCAGCGGCGUUGUCAGGAGCGGGAGUCUUGUGCGAUUGACAUGUUGACCGCUAAACGUAUCUGCAUGGAGGCGGCCGAGGCGGGCCCGUGCCGCGGCGUGUACCAGCGCUGGGCCUUCGCCGCGCAGAAGGGCAUGUGCAUCCCCUUCACCUACGGCGGUUGCCGUGGCAACCAGAACAACUUCCUCACGCAGGAGGAGUGCACCAGCACCUGCUCUGUCAUCACUGGGGCGCUCAACCCGCAAGCCAACCAGCUUGCGAACACCGUCAACGCAGACCCAUCCCGCGCCACCAACACUCUUGAAGGAGCCCCAACUUUACUGGGCUCGUGUGAGCUGAGCCCGUGGAGCGAGUGGAGUCGGUGCAGCGUUUCGUGCGGAGUGGGGUACCAGGAGCGCACGAGGACCGUGCUGAGACCAGCGGCUCCAGGCGCUCCGCCGUGCUCCGCCAGGCUGUCGCGCCGUCGCCGCUGCUCCCGCCCGUGCUAGCUGUGCGGGUUCCCACCAAUUCCAGAAUAGGCCUCCGAUAUAGGCCCGUGAUGUUGAAGUUUUAGGGUAUGAAUUACUACUAUGAACAUAUUAAUUACUUAAAGGAAACGGAAUGUAUCCACAUCUUGACAUAAUUUUGACGAAAUAUAUAAAUGUCUAUCUACAUCUGUUACUGAAGGGUACUGUACCUAAAAUAUUGAUUACCGUAAACUCAAAUAUAUCACAAUUCACUCAAGACUUAAAGAGCGAGAGAUUUUUGGCUUUUAUCGGAGUUCGCCACUCUGUCAGCGAUGGUACCCUUUUGAGGAGCCAAGUGAAGUAGUUAAAAAUCUAUUUUUGUACGAAAUAUUUUAUAGUAAAAUCACAUUUUAUGAUGCAUUGACAUGGAAAUUCCUUUAUAAACUCGUUUUUAACUAAACAAAAUUGUCUACCUCUGUCAAAGCAUUUAUUUUUAAGUUUUCAAUAAAAUCUUUUUGUAAUGGGUACACUUAAUAAAUUCUUUGAUACGAA